AUGUGGAGACGAGACAAAGUGCCGGGUAAAACGUCUCUCCGGCACUUUCCUGUGAGCUCUGCUUCUGCUGCAAAGUGGAGAGAGAAACUGCCACUCUUAAUAGUUUGGGGUCAGCCGUGGGACGAGCCCCCGGACACUACUUUAAUCUAUUACAGCCACAUCUCAGCGGGCUGCUUCAUCGACCACUUCUCCUCCCCUGCUUUGUCACCCUCCCUCCCCAGCCUUCGAUACCUCCGGCUGGGCUUGCAUACUCACACACACAUCCCCCCCUCACCUCCCAUCGCCCACCGCCGCUUUCUGGACAGCGGACACCUGGAUGUCCCGCUGUUUCUGAGCUAUUGUUUCCUCUACCCUUCUUAA